CACACACACACACACACACACUUAUUCGUGCACUUACUCAGGGACACAGUCUGCCUCCCUUCUCAAAGGAAAGGAACGGAACUUCUUAAUGGUCCGAUGAAAAGAUUGCAUAUUUUUGGUCCCAAGAUUCACAGUAGCGGAGGUCUCUGGCAACAAAAGGUAUCGUGGGAGUCGCAGCUAUGCCAGCUGGGCCAUUUCUCAGACACUCGAUACGAUCUGCCAUUUCAGGAUGCAUUUUUCACCAAAAAAAAUUUUUUUAAGCAGGCUCAAGUUCCUACUCCAAGCUUAAUUCAGUUAGAUUAGAGAGGACAACAAAGACGCGGCCGAUUGUAAUUCAUGGGGUGAUUUCACCUGGAACAGCAUGUCAGGCCGCAGUGUGCGCCUGAGGUCAGUCCCCAUCCAGAGUCUCUCAGAGCUGGAGAGGGCUCGGCUACAGGAAGUGGCUUUUUAUCAGUUGCAGCAGGACUGUGACCUAAGCUGUCAGAUCACCAUUCCCAAAGAUGGGCAAAAAAGAAAGAAAUCUUUGAGAAAGAAACUGGAUUCACUAGGAAAGGAGAAAAACAAAGACAGAGAAUUCAUCCCGCAGGCAUUUGGAAUGCCCUUAUCCCAAGUCAUUGCAAAUGACAGGGCCUAUAAACUCAAGCAAGACUCACAGAGGGACGAGCAGAAAGACGCAUCUGAUUUUGUGGCUUCCCUCCUCCCAUUUGGAAAUAAAAGACAAAACAAAGAACUCUCAAGCAGUAACUCAUCUCUCAGCUCAACCUCAGAAACACCAAAUGAGUCAACAUCCCCAAACACCCCGGAACCAGCUCCUCGGGUCAGGAGGAGGGGUGCCAUGUCAGUGGACUCUAUCACCGAUCUUGAUGACAAUCAGUCUCGACUACUAGAAGCUUUACAACUUUCCUUGCCGGCUGAGGCUCAAAAUAAAAAAGAAAAAGCCAGAGAUAAGAAACUCAGUCUGAAUCCUAUUUACAGACAGGUUCCCAGGCUGGUGGACAGCUGCUGUCAGCAUCUAGAAAAACAUGGCCUCCAGACAGUGGGGAUAUUCCGAGUUGGGAGCUCAAAAAAGAGAGUGAGACAACUACGUGAGGAAUUUGACCGUGGGAUUGAUGUCUCUCUGGAAGAGGAGCACAGUGUUCAUGAUGUGGCAGCCUUGCUGAAAGAGUUCCUGAGGGACAUGCCAGACCCCCUUCUCACCAGGGAGCUAUACACAGCUUUCAUCAACACUCUCUUGUUGGAGCCAGAGGAACAGCUGGGCACUUUGCAGCUCCUCAUCUACCUUCUACCUCCCUGCAACUGUGACACCCUCCACCGCCUCCUACAGUUCCUAUCCAUCGUGGCCAGGCACGCCGAUGACAACAUCAACAAAGAUGGGCAAGAGGUCACUGGGAAUAAAAUGACAUCUCUAAACUUGGCCACCAUAUUUGGACCCAACCUGCUGCACAAGCAGAAGUCAUCUGACAAAGAAUUCUCAGUUCAGAGUUCAGCCAGGGCUGAGGAGAGCACGGCCAUCAUAGCUGUGGUGCAGAAGAUGAUCGAAAAUUAUGAAGCCCUGUUCAUGGUUCCCCCAGAUCUCCAGAACGAAGUGCUGAUCAGCCUGUUAGAGACUGAUCCUGAUGUCGUGGACUAUUUACUCAGAAGAAAGGCUUCCCAAUCGACAAGCCCUGACAUGAUGCCGUCGGAAGUUUCCUUUUCCGUGGGCGGGAGGCAUUCAUCUACAGACUCCAACAAGGCCUCCAGCGGAGACAUCUCCCCUUAUGACAACAACUCCCCAGUGCUUUCUGAACGCUCCCUGCUGGCUAUGCAAGAGGACGUGGCUCCGGGGGGCUCGGAGAAGCUUUACAAAGUGCCAGGGCAGUAUAUGCUGGUGGGCCACUUGCCGUCGUCAAAGUCAAGGGAAAGUUCUCCUGGACCAAGGCUUGGGAAAGAUAUGUCAGAGGAGCCUUUCAAUAUCUGGGGAACUUGGCAUUCAACAUUAAAAAGUGGCUCCAAAGACCCAGGAAUGACAGGUUCCUAUGGAGACAUUUUUGAAAGCAGCUCCCUACGACCGGGGCCCUGCUCCCUUUCUCAAGGGAACCUGUCCCCGAAUUGGCCUCGGUGGCAGGCGAGCCCCGCAGAGCUGGACAGCGGCACGCAGGUGGCUCGGAGGACUCAGCCUGCGGUUCCUGCUGCCCCCGCGCCCCUCGCGACGGACGGCAGGGCCCACCCCGCGGUGUCGCGAGUCUGCAGCACGCCCCACGUGCAGGGUGGCGGCGGGAGGCCCGAGUACUUGACCCUGAGCGGCGCCCACGACCUCGCCGAGAGCGAGCUGGACGCCUCCUGGCUGCAGGGCCAGAGACCUCGGGGGAGCGGGAGGGAUGACAAGCGGCCCCCUCCUCCCUACCCAGGCCCCGGGAAGCCCCCCGCGACGGCGGCCUGGGAAGGCGCAGGGACAGCUGCUGACCAGGAAAGCCUGGCGACCGAGCGGGAGCGGCAGACCGCGCAGAGAAAACUGAGCAGCGCUUACUCCCUGCCAGUCGGCGAGCAGGACAGUCCGAGCCGGGGGGACGCCGGCUGGCUCGACUGGCAGAGAGAGCGCUGGCAGAUCUGGGAGCUCCUGUCCGCUGACAACCCCGACGCCCUGCCCGAGACGCUGGUCUGAGCGCAGCCGAGCCCUCCCAGUACCUGCCCUCCUCCAUCCCACCGGGGGAUUGCGGGUGUCGGACAAUGGCACACUUCCUUAUUGUUCUUCUUUCACACUUUUAAAAGGCGACACAAGAGAAAUUCAGUUCACUUUCAGCUGUAGAGCACCCACGCCCUCGCCAUUGAUCAUAAGGUUCUAUUGCGUAGCCAGCCUUAGGGAAAAAACAAACAAAACCAAAAAUGGAUGGCAAUGUCCAAUCUAAAAACGACCCUCUUGGCUCUAUAACAUAAGAUAAAAUUCUUGCUUUGGUAUAGCGUAAUCGUAUUUAUGUGUCUUCAGUUUUGACUAUUGUAUAUUCUGUAACAGAUUAUGUAUGUAUGAUAAUCAUAUAUGAUAUAUUCACAGAGAAAAUAAAAGAAACUUUAAAAGAAAUCACUUCACUUAUGUUAAGCAAUGAGAUAUACUAAGCAAUGAGAUUCUAUAGAAUGUUCUAGAAUAUGCACAAGCGGGUUUCUGUGCUUUUGCCAUAGCUUUAUAAAUGGGGACAGCCCUCCCUUCAAUACCUAAGGAAAACACUAACAAAACAAACCAGAAUAUGAGAAGCCAUAUUUUAUAUAGUAGUGACAUACAAAAAAAGUAGUCACUGAAUGCUUUUUCAUGUUGAAUAAGUUUUAAGGAAAAGGUUAAAUUUGAUACAUUAUGAAAUAUAUUUUUAGAACCUAUUUAGAAAGGAGUAAGUUAAUCAAACAAGAAAAAGGCCGUGCCUAACAAAUAAAGGAAGAAGUUGUCCAUCCCAUUCUAGGUCAAAUUCAAUUUUAUACAGACCGUAUAAUAUAUAUUUAUAAUGUGUAAUGUUAAUGUAUUUUUCCAAACCACAAACUGGAAUCCAAUCACAAAGUGUUUAACAAUCUAAAUACAGUAUUCAGAUCAUAGAUCAUGUUUUUUCUCUUUGUCCCAUAAACAGUAUUGACCAAAUUACAUGCAACUCUUUACAAAUUAAAUCAUAUUUGGAGGGAAAAGACUACAGGUUUGUACUUAUAUUGUGCCAAAGGCUGAGAAAAUGUUUCUUUGGUAAUUAUCUGUGUAUUGUAAAGUGUUCCUGCAGUACUUGAGCGGUACUACUAAAGUUUGAAGUUUUUCAGCUGCAAAGUCAUCUUUGACCAGCAGGGGGCUAUUUGCUUCAGUAUUUUAUGAGAUUUUUUUCACUUCAGAAGGGAAAGUGUAUUAUAGAAAAAGAAUUGUUUUUUAUGAAACAUGCUACUCUUAAUUUUCAUGUUGGUGAUAAAAUUUCCAGUGGUGUUUCUUAAAGUUCUAUCUUGUGCCAUGGUGAAUAAAAAUUUAAGCAAAAACU